AUGAAAGUUCUACCGCACUAUCUUAUCUUAACAACUGCGACUGUGUUCGCUUCACUCGUCAGGGAACGCGAUGAUGGUGUUUCCACUUAUGUCGACCUGAGUAUCCAACGAGGCUCACCCAAACAUCUGGCGUCUGGCUUCAUCUAUGGAAUCCCCGAUACCUUUGGCCAGAUCCCUGACCACUAUUAUGCCAAUAUUGGCUUCAACUAUGGUCGUUCUGGCGGUGCUCAGGAAUCGUCUCCUGCUCGAGGAUGGAUUUAUGGCAUGGAGAAUUACAAGGGCCGCCUCAAUUCCACCUUGACAAACUAUAAGACAUGCCGUGAGUUCGACGCUAAAUUUAUUAUCUUGCCUCAUGAUGUUUGGGGUACAGACGGUGCGAACUCGUCCACGGUCUGGCCAGGAGACAACGGCGACUGGUCGGAUUAUGACAAGUUCCUCAAGCAACUCAUGUCUGAUCUUAAGGACAAUCAUGCGCUCGGUGGCCUUGUCUGGGAUAUAUGGAAUGAACCUGAUGGAAUAUGGUUCUGGAACCGCACUAUGCAACAAUGGAUAGACCUUUACGUCCGCACCCACAAAACUAUCCGUGCAGAUCCCGAUUUCGAUAAAGUGUUGAUCUCCGGACCUACCCUUUGGGAGGCACCCUACCCGGAUAACACGUGGUUUACCAACUGGCUCUCCCAGAUCAAAGGUAAUAACACUGCCCCUGACCAAUAUGCCUGGCAUCUCGAGGCCGGUCCCGGUGAGAACUCGUGGUCAGCUCGCUACGACCUUGCCAAUGCCUACCCAUCUCUGUACUCGGUAUUGGAUUCCUACGGACUCCCUCAUGCUCCAAUGAUCAUAAACGAGUAUGCAUCUUACGCCGAAAUGGUUCCAGCCGGUGCAGCUUGGUGGAUUUCUCGUUUGGAGCGCUACAACACCCCGGGUUUGCGUGGUAACUGGCUGUCUGGGACUGCUUUGCACGAUCUGAUGGCAAACCUUCUCACCAAGGUUAAAGACCCAUUCAACUAUAUUGCCACCGACUACGCGCCGGCCCCCGAAUAUCCUGUUUAUCAGUACUACUACCAGAACAUGACUGGUGUGCGCGUCAACACCACUGGGAGCACCAACCUUAUGUUCGAUGUUUAUGCCACUGCCGAAUCUAAGGGCAAAGUCCGUAUCCUCGCUGGCUCUGAGGUCUUUACUGGCACUUGGUCUAUCAAUGUGAUGAAUCCCACAGCAGUCGGCUUACCUUCCUCUGGAACUGUGAAUAUCCACACCUGGGCUUUCGGCGGUGAUAAUCCGCUCUCUGUGGCACCGGCUCCCCAAGAUCUCGGCAUUGUCGCUCAUUCCUAUGCUAAUAACGUUCUAUCCUUCCCUGUCUAUCAGACUACCAACAACACAGCGUACGCUUUUGAGUUUGACGCGGGUAAAUUCCACGAGAAAAAGAGCUCUUGA